UGAAUUGACGAAGUGUUGAAGAGCCUUGCAAUAGUCUACUGACCCAUUAGCAGUUAUAUUAAUUUAUAAUCGAUUAAUAACCUUCCAGAUAUUGUGUUUACUAUCCUGCCCCAAUGUCGCCAACAUGAUGGACAAACCGUGUCGAUUUUGAGGUUGUACAAUUUACAAAAUCACAAACAAUGUUAUGUUAUGUGAAAUACAAUUAAUGGUUGUGAUUGAGUGAACGAAAUCCGCAAUGGAUCAAAAGCCGACCAUCGACGUGGUAUUUUUGGCGGUCACGUCCCUCUACAACAGUCCGAACCCGCAGGAGAAAGAGCGAGCCUCACAAUGGCUGGGGGACCUGCAGAAAUCCGUACAUGCGUGGACCGUGGCCGACGAGCUGCUGCACCACAAACGCGACCUCGAGUCGUGCUAUUUCGCGGCCCAGACAAUGCGCACCAAAAUCCAGCAGUCGUUCCACGAGUUGCCCCAAUCCGCUCACACAUCCCUCAGGGAUUCACUGCUCGAACACAUCAGCCAGAUCAAUCAGCAGACCAACACCGUUAUAGUUACGCAGCUGUGCGUUGCGUUGGCCGAUUUGGCGUUACAAAUGCCUGCGUGGCCGCAAGCUUCCUUGGAUCUGAUUAGUAAGUUUAGUAGUAGCAACAUUUGGCCCCUGCUGGAGAUAUUGACUGUGUUGCCGGAAGAGCUGGAGAGCAGGUCAGUGCGUUUGGGUGAGAACAGACGUAUUGACGUGCUCAACGAUUUCAAAUCAUGCGCCAGUACCAUUUUGGAGUUCUUAAAACACUGUGUAGACAAUUACAGCCACACCAAAGAGGAGAACAUUGCCAUAACUGUUAAAAUAUUGCGCUGCUUCACUUCUUGGGUGUCUGUUGGUGCAUUGGAGCUGUCAGAUUUGACUGACAAUGUUGUUAUUAAUUUGGCAUUCAGUAUUCUGACUUAUAAACCAGAAAGUGAAAAGCCACCUGUGGUUAGUUCAUUGCACAAUGCCUCAACUGAUUGUAUCUGCAUGCUACUAAAAUGCUUGGAGGACAACAACAAUGAACAAGUCCUGGAAACCUAUCUGUUUAAUAAUGUUAUCAAUUUGGAAGUGGCUUAUCAUAUGUCAGUUGCCAAUGAAGAUGAAGAAAAAUCAAUGAACUAUUGCAGAAUAUUCACAGAACUUGCUGAAUCCUUUUUGUGUCAGAUUAUAAAUGGAAGCAAUGCCAACUCCCAACAUUAUGCUAUCAAAGUCAUCAAUUUGGUGCUGAUUUGUGUUGGUCACCAUGAUUAUGAAGUGGCUGAAAUUACUUUUAAUCUGUGGUAUGUGCUGAGUGAGGAUCUGUACCAAAAGAACAACAAGGAGAUGACUGAACUGUUCAGGCCAUACGUUGAGCGACUUAUUACUGCCUUGUGCAGGCAUUGUCAAAUGGAGACAGAUCAUGAAGGUCUUUUGGAGGAUGGGGACGAUUUUAAAGAUUUCCGGUCAAAAGUGUCUGAUCUGAUAAAAGAUGUAGUUUUCAUAGUAGGAUCAAGCAAUUGCUUCAGACAAAUGUUCUUAAAUUUGCAAGCACCUGGUGUGACUUGGGACUCCAGCGAGGCAAGUUUAUUUAUCAUGCAAGCUGUGGCGAAAAACAUCGUUCCUACCGAAAACGAGGUGGUGCCGAAGGUGGUGGAGGCCAUUCUUGGCCUACCCGAGGGCACACACACGGCCGUCAAAUACACGAGCGUCUUACUGUUGGGAGAGCUGUGCGAAUGGAUCGAGAAACACGAGGCAUUCCUCGAUCCCAUAUUGAACUUCCUCGUCUGUUGUUUACCGCAACAGGGCGUGGGGGCGGCGGCCGCCAUUGCAUUGCAAAAUAUAUGCGCCACCUGUAAUGAACACAUGCCCCGGCAUGUGCCCAUAAUGUUGCAACUGUUGCAUCAGGUAGACACGUUUGCGAUCACCAACAAUGCAGUCAUCGGGCUUUUAAAAGGUGUGGCGUCGAUAAUCGGUUGCAUGAACCCUCAGGAAUUGACGACCGCACUGCGCGAGUUGUGUUUCAUGCAACUGAACCCGCUCUGUCAGUUAAUCGAAGGGGACGUCGUCCCUGUGAAAGGCACCAAAACCGACCCUACUCUAUGGUUGGACCGACUCAGUUCAGUACUCCGAAACGUCAACUACAAACAUGUUGAAGGUGUGGAACAUCCAUGCAAGAAGGUGGUGCUAGAAAUAUGGCCGGUACUGUCCCGCUCCAUUGACAAGUACGAAUCGGACGUGCGCACGAUGGAACGUUGCUGUCGUGCUUUACGUUUCAUGUUGCGCUGCUGCAGCCAACAGUUACGCGACAUCCUGGACGGUCUGGUAGGCCAAAUGGUGAUUGUCUACGCCCGUCACCUGCACUCGUGCUUCCUGUACGUCGGCAGCAUCCUCGUAGAUGAGUAUGCGACCGACCCACAUUGCGUCAAGGGACUGCUGGACAUGUUGCAGGCUUUCAUCGAGCCCACCUUCGCCGUUUUGCAGCAGGAAAACGGCCUGAGGAACCACCCUGACACUGUUGAUGACUUCUUCAGGCUGUGUGCCCGGUUUUUGCAGAGGGCACCUCUGGCGUUCCUUCAGUGCGCCGCUCUAGUGCACAUACUGCAGUGCGCCUUGCUCGCCUCCAGUUUGGAUCACAAGGAGGCGAACAUGUCGGUGAUGAAGUUCUUCUACGAUCUGCUCAAUCAGGCGCAAACCGACAAGCGGCAGCCCGACUUCGAGAGGCGGAAAAUGCUCGUGGUCAGGAUUCUGGACGAGUACGGUCAGAAUUUGGUCACCACUCUAUUGCAUUCAUGCGUUUUCUACUUGCAUAGUUACAUGUUGAGCGAGGUGGCUGAUGUGCUGCUGCAGCUUCUUGACGUAAACAGGGAACAGGGUGGGAAAUGGUUGGCUGUAGCUUUGGAAUCGUUGCCGGUUCAAAGCAACGGUAUUGUGACGGCGACUCCUCAACAAAUUAAGGAUAUCCACUCUUCAAUCAUAAGAUCGGACACUUCCAAGUCCAUAACGCACGCUUUAAAGGAUUUGACACGUCUGUAUCGUUGAUUGGAGAUUAUAUACUCUUCAAAGAAGUUGUAAAUUAAUGUGUGUAAUAUAGGUUUUAUAUUAUUUCCGACUUUGUUAAAUAUGCGACAACGUAUUUAAUUUUAUCGACACCAUUUUUAACAGAUUUAAUUCAUAUUGUAAUUGUUAGAAUUAAUAAAAUUUAUUUAGAUACGCGGACGUUUCUGUAAGAAAUAAAAGUAUGGAAGUUGUAAAGUAAUAAAUUUAUUUAUAUAAAAGAUGACUUAAAUAAAAAAUAUAUACAAUAAAAAUCUA